CGACAAAAAUCUCGAUAGCGUCAAAAUGAAGCUAUUAGGACUGAUUUGGGGAAUGUUCAUCCUUCAAGAACAAGCUCUAGCUGUGUUACAAAACGGAUUUGCCUUCAAGACGUCCUUAUGCGAGGGUAAAAAUGGCGGACUUUUGCCAAUGUUUGGAACUUGCAAGGGCUACUAUGUGUGUGCAGAUGGAAAAGCUGUGAUUGGGACUUGCGAACAAAAUACCCUGUUCAAUCCAUUGACAUUGCACUGCGAUGAUCCCGCAAAGGUGGAUUGUAUUUUCGAAGGCAACGAUAAGGAUAAUGUGGAUACAUCUAGUGCCGAAAGUGAAGAAGAUUUGGAGGAACUGAUCGUUAUGACUGAUCCUCCCGUUACUGUCAAGCCAAUGAAAAAGCAACGACCUUCCGGACAGGAUAAAGCGCCUUUGGAUAUGACAGAUAGAAUGUGUGCUGGCAAGAAGGAUGGAGUAAUGCUUACAAAGAAGGGAUCUUGUCAGGAGUACUUUGUCUGCAAGUCGAGGAAACCCCAUCUUCGCUCUUGCUCUGGUCAACAGCAUUUCAGCCCAACACGACGAAUUUGCAUGAAGGCCUCUGACGCCAAGUGUUUGGUUGCUCCUCAGGAGACCAAAAAGAUGGAUGGACCUGCCUUAACAGGAGGAGUUUGCUCAGAUGAAAAGGAAAACUCACUCGCAGCCCACCGGAGUGAUUGUGGCAAGUUCAUGCUGUGCAGCAACAUGAUGUUCUUGGUGAUGGACUGCCCCGCUGGCUUGCAUUUCAAUGCCGCCUCCUCGCGAUGUGACUAUCCCAAGGUUGCCAAGUGUCAGACGAAGCUAAAAGAAACCAAGAGGAAAUCGAAGUCGAGAAAGCCUGUGCGCAAAACCAAAUCUCGUUUGUUGUAACUCUACAUUGCAAAGCCAAUAAUAAAGUAUUUGAUAUUGACGAAU